GAGGAGAGAGUGCACGGGGAGCGGGGCUUUUGUCUGUUGGUCUCCCUGGACUGAAGAGAGGGAGGGUGCAAGUCCAAGGCUGCUGUGAUUCUCAAAAUGGUUUAUUACCCAGAGCUUUCUGUCUGGGUCAGCCAAGAACCAUUUCCAAAGAAGGAAAUGGAGGGAAGGCUUCCUAAGGGAAGACUUCCCGUCCCAAAGGAAGUGAACCGCAAGAAGAACGAAGAGACGGAGGCUGCCUCCCUGACUCCACUUGGCAGCAAUGAACUCCACUCCCCAAGCAUCAGUUACCUCCACUCUUUUUAAUCGUAACACCUCCAUUUGUAUUACGUAUGGUGUAUGGGUAUUGAUGAGGUUAUGGUAUCAUAUAUGGGAUUUUUUUCUGUGUAAAUCAUCAAG